UAAAAAAUAAACAAAAUGGCGUUUCUUUAAAAAGUAACAAAAUUUGAAGUGAGGUGUUGUAAAAUUUUAGUGUCAUUUUCAAAAUCAUUUAAAUUAAUAUGAAGCACUAAUUUCGAUAAAACUUUACAAAAUUUUCAGUUACCCAUUGCUAUCAUCAAGAUGGAAAAACACAUAGGAGACACUAUCGAUGAAGUUUCCAUUUCAAGUGGGAGCAGCACAGAUUCCCUCAGGUUACGCACCAAGUUACCCCAGAUGGAACUAAACCGGAUUGCUUCAAAACCUAUAGUUUUUUCCUGGCGUCCAUCCCAAUUUCCUGAAGAAACCCCUGAAAAUGUCUCCUCCCAGUGUACACUUUUUGACGUACCCCAAGAUAAAAGUAAAAUAAUCACCCACGAGCCAACCCUGCCACCUGACACCUGGUUGCUCGGCGGCACACUGGGCUGCCGCAAUGCCUCUCUGGUAUUCAAAAGCUCAGCCCUCGCCAACUGCACCCCACAAUCAAUUCAAGAAAAACCGGGCUACAAGCUCCACAUCACCUACAAAGUUUUACAAGCCGAAACUAAACUCCUUUCGAAACUCCUCGAAUGCCACGGCAUUGUCGAGGUGCCGCCGAAUUCGAUGGACUUUAACCUGCUAUGGACCGGAUCUCACCCGAAGCCAGGCGCCUUGAGAGCCAUGGCCCCACACCAAAGAGUCAAUCAUUUCCCUCGGUCCUACGAGCUGACGCGUAAGGAUCGCCUGUACAAAAAUAUCGAACGAUUACAGCAUGCCAAAGGUUACAAACAUUUCAAUUUCAUACCCCAGACUUUCGUCAUGCCGACGGAAUAUGGGGAGUUGUGUACGACGCAUCACAGGAUCAAAGGUCCUUGGAUUGUCAAGCCUGUAGCUUCAAGCAGAGGGAGAGGUAUUUUUAUUGUUGAAACACCAAAUCAAGUGCCUCUAGAAGAACCCGUUGUCGUGGCCAAAUACAUAGCGAAACCCCUUUUAGUAGCAGGUCAUAAGUGUGACCUACGCUUAUACGUAGCUGUUACUUCUUUUGAUCCGUUGCUAGUGUACAUAUACGAAGAAGGCCUAGUACGGUUUGCUACCGUUAAAUACGAUUCUAGUCAUAAACAGCUGUGGAACCCCUGUAUGCACCUCUGUAAUUAUAGUAUUAACAAGUAUCAUAGUGAUUACGUCAAAUCUGAUGACCCAAGUGCUGAAAACGUAGGCCAUAAGUGGACUUUGAGCGCGCUAUUAAGGCAUUUGAAGGCAGAGGGAAAGAAUACGGCUUUGUUGAUGUCGCAGGUCGAAGAUCUUGUUAUCAAAGCGAUUUUAGCUUCAGCGAAUUCGGUUAUUUCUGCCUGUAAAAUGUUCGUGCCUAACCCUUGUAAUUGUUUCGAGCUUUACGGGUUCGACAUCUUGAUCGAUUCAAACCUGAAGCCUUGGCUUUUGGAAGUCAAUCUGUCUCCGUCUUUGGGUUGCGACAGCCCCUUGGACGUGCGAUUAAAAUCCGCAAUGUUAGCCGACCUGCUCACCCUUGUUGGACUUCCUGCCGUCGAUCCCGUUUUGAGACCAUCGACAAAUAGUUUGACUUCUGCAUCGAUAAAAAGCAACAGCACCAAGCUCAAGCUCGGACACUGCAGAAGGGUUCAUUCGGCCGAUGGCCUGAGCAGUACUUUACCGAGGAAGAGUUCUUCUGUUAAUGGAGAUCGCUUGUCUUCGAGUUUUUUGAAUUUGUCUCCUGAGGAGACGAGAGUGCUUAAGAUGGCAAAAGGGCAGUUUGAGAGGAGGGGCGGGUUUGUGAGGAUAUUUCCGGCGGUGGAUAGCUGGACGAAAUACACGCAGUAUUUAGAUCCUGCAACCGGAAUUCCAAUUACCGGUAAUAAUAAUACAUUCAACAGCUAUAACCUCUCUGGAGCCCAUAAUUACAACUUACUCCUUUACACUCACUUCUUUCCGGACGUUCCUGUCCAUGUUAAACCCCACGACAGGACGAACUUCAAGUUCCACUCUUUGGACAGAAAAAGAGAUUUGUCUUUAGAUUCAGGCACCACUCUGGCUCGACAAGAUAGAUACGAAAGAAUGUUAAGCCAAGGCCACAGGUCGGCGUUAAUUCCCAAAAAGAUCCCAAAAGAGAGUCGCGGAGUCGAGUUGAGAAAACAAAUACUGGAGAUGUUGAGAAACGGGAAAAAAAUGACACAAUGCGAAACCCGACGAACCUUUAGCCACUAUUUGGGUUGCGUAUUGAGGCGCAUUUCGGCAGGACCUGACCAGGAGGACCAAAUGGAAAUCGUCUUGAAAUUUUUACAAAAAGCGUCGAGUUACCUGAGAACCCCCUAUACCGUGAAGGUGGCUCCUAGUCAGAAUCUGGAUAAUAAAGAUAGAGCGGCUGUGGUGGCGAAACAGUUAAACGAUUUUUUGUAUCUGUACAACAGGGAAACUGAUUUAUUCGUGGACAAGACAGAAAAACCUAGUCAAAUUCCUUCCAAGUUGUACGCGGAAUUUUUGGAGAAUGCCAGGGAGUGCGAUUUGGAGGAGAUUUUGAUCCAUCAAACUACUCAGACCGUGCCAACUCACGGGGGCAAGACGGGAUUUCAAGGAGUGCUCAAGUGCAUCCCGAACGUCCCGAAACAGUACGGAUUGAAGCCCCCUUUUCACAAGACAUCGGUUAAAAGCAAGGGCGUUAAAGUUUCGUCCUUGUCUUGAUUGUUUUUACAAAUUAAGAAUUACGACUUAAGCUUCAUAUUUGUCCGUUGUGUAACUUUGUGAGAAUACAAGUAUUUAUUUAUUGGUUAAGCGUUACAGACUUUCUUUUUAGGUUGUUAUGUUGACUUAUUUAUUUUUGUAGUUACGGUUGUGGUUAUCAUCCUGUUGUUUUAUUUGAUUUUUUGAUACUCUAUUUUUGUAUGCCAAAGUUCGAAAGUUUCCACGGUUCAUUCCAGACCUGCCAUAUUUCUUAGUCAAGAGUUAGUAUUAUUAAACAGAGUCAAGGACGUUGUAUUAAUAUAAUUAAUAUCAUGUCCUUGAGCGGAGUACAAUUCACGAAAUUUACGUAUCAUAUUACUGUUUGUCAGUGUUUUAAGAAUUGUGAUUAUGCGUCAACGAAUCUUAACAAUUCGAGGUGAUACUAAUGUACUUGAAUUUUGUGCUUAGGUCGAUGUUUCGAUUUUUGUUGUUUGUUUUAUACAGGGUGAGUCAUCAAGCGCGGUCCUCGAUAUCUCUUUAAUUUAUCAGAGAUGGAAAAAAGUCAAAGAACGUUGUUGGUUCUUUGACUGUACUCUAAAACUAUUUUUAAAUACGCAGACCGUCCUGUUUUUAAGACGUGUUUUUUUAUGUGAGCAGAACAUUCAAUAUAGUUAAAAAUAAUUUUAGAGUAUUGUCCUCCAAGAACCAUACAAAUUUGGUCUGACUUUUUCUAAAUUUCUAAUAAUGAAUGAGAUGCCGAGGAACUCACUUUUUGACUCGCCCUGUAAAUUGAUGCUUUUAUUGGACAAUUUCACGUUUGAAUUAACGAAAUUGGACCUGACGUAUUUUUUGAUAUUGCUGCCAAAACGAAUGCAUAUAAAUAUUUUUAAUACGUAAAUGUGAAACGAAUCAAGCUUCACUUUGUAUUUUUAAAAUGAUAGUGUGAAGUAGUACCUUUAGUAUCUUUUUACACACUUCUUGUGAUAUGAAGGAAAAUGCUUUGCUAUUUUCUAUACUUGUUACACUGCUAUUGAAUGCAUUUUGACAGCUAGUAGCUUAGUCACUUUUAGUUACUUUUAGAUGUGAUAUUUAUUUACACUUUACAAUUGUUACUUGGAGUUCGUGAAGGUGUUCGUACUUAGCUGGAUUUGCUCAAAUUUGCUAAAUUUCUGAUUGAGAUUUUAUUGUUAUCACAAAGCAUUUGAUGGGCAACGUUUUCUAAACAAUCGAAAGUUACAUUACAUCAUGUUUGUUUAGUUAGGAGAUUCUCUAGAAUAGUGAUAAUUUUGUAAAGUGACAAAUCUGUACACAGUCUAAGUUUUUAUACUUUGUGCACGGCAAAUUGUUAAUGUGGGUGAGUGUAUCGCAAAAUAAAUUGGCACAAAUAAUUCUGAUCAAA